AUGGCGACAAAGAUGAAGCGUUUCCUGGCCCCUGGCCCAGGAUCAGCAGGAACAACAACAGCAGCAACAACAGCAACAGCAACAGCAGCUGGGGAGUCCGCAGACGACUCGGGCAGCAAAGGCAGCCUCCUUAUGGGAGAGGGUGCAACAGCUGCUGGUAGUUCAUCUAAUAUAAAGGCAGCAGCAGCAGCAGCAUUUGCUGCUGCGUCUGCUGCAGCUGCUGAGUCCAGGGGUACCUCGGCAGACGGAGGCGAGGAUCCACCGCUGCAAACUGCAACGUCAGCAACCACUCCAACCACUGCAGCAGCAGCAGCAGCAGCCGCAGCAGAAGCAGCAGCAGCAGCAGAUGGAGCUGCGAGUUAUUCUGUGGAGCAGCAGAUCUAUGGCUGGGGGGGUCUCUUCUCUCGUGAGGCCCUUCGCCGCAGUUCCUUAAACAGCAAACAGACGGUCAAGGAAAUAAAGAAUAGCCUCAAGCUCGGGUUGAGGCUGCAGCCAUUUGGUCUGCAGCCAACUGUGCGAGUAAUUCAAAUUAGUGGCGCUUUGAGGCAUUUCGCUCUUCUUAGCGAUUUAGGACAAAUAUAUUGUCUUAUAGAUCCGGUGUACCCGUGGCAAGAGGCCUAUGGGGGUCGUUGGCAUUUGCUGCCUGCAUCGCUGCAGCGGCGGUUUUCUCAAGUAGCGAUUUCUUCUUAUCCAGUACCUGCAGACCCUCUUGCCUUCCUUAACCCAGCAGCAGCAGCAGCAACAGCACCAGCAGCUGCAACUGGGGAAGGAGAAGCAGGCGCCACAGGGUCGGCUACUCCGCCCUCGGCAGCAGCUGCUGCUGCUGAGGUCCAGCAGCACCGGGGAAGUCACGAGCAGCAGCAGCAUCUGCUGCUGCAGCAAGAGUUGCUGCAGCAGCCGCUGCAGCAAGGUUGCUGCUGUUGUUGCAGCGUGCAAGACCCUGCAGGGCAGUUCUCUCUUGGCGCUAUCGAUGAGAAUGGAAGUCUGUGGCUGGGUUGCAGCACAGCCUGCUGCUGCAUGCGCCGCGGCAGCAAAACCUCUCCGCAGCAUCAGCAGCAGCACUCUUACGGCGGCAGCAGCAGCAGCACAGAGGAUGCUUGUUGGAAUUACGAUAUCAUUGGGGGAGGCCGCUGCUUCUGCCACAUUGAUCCAGAAUGUCCCGUUGCUACCAGCAGCAGCAGCACGGGCAGCAGCAGCAGCAGCACGGGCAGCAGCAGCAGCAGCGGGAGAGCCAGCAGUCGGAUGCGUCAGCUGCAGCAGCUGCAUUGUCCACUGCAGCGGCAGCUGGGACGCUUGCCGCUGCAGCAACAAAGCAGGGCGACAGAGAACAAUGUCCCGUGCGUGCUGCUGGCGCUUCCAGAUGAAGACGCUCCUGCUAGGUCAUCUCGCAGUACGGGUGCAACAGCAACAGCAGCAGCGACACCAGGGCCAAGUCCCACUGCCGAUUUUGCUGGUGGGGCGUCUGCAGCAACAGGGAAUAAAGCAUUAUCAGGAGCAGCAUCAGCCGCAGCAGGUGGUACAGCAGCAACAUCUCCUGCUGCUGCGUUGUCUGCAGCAGGUUCUACGGCAGCAGGAGCAGCAGCAGGUGCAGCAGCAGCAGCAGCAGCAGCGGCAGAAGGGAGCCCAGUACAUUAUGCAGCAGUAUUUAGGUCUCGUCUAUUCCCCUUUAAGUUUGGUCUUCUUGUAAAAGGGCGAAGACAUCAGAGGCUAUUUUGCCCUCUGCCAGAUAAACCUGCAAAACUCCUAUGUGGCCCUGGUGCAGAUUUUGGUUUGCUGCUGCUCCUUAAUGGGCAGCUGCUGCAGUGGGGUCUAAGGAGACCCCCUGCAGGCUCUCCUAAUCAGCGGCAACUCACCCUCGCUCUAACUCAGGUGCGGGGCUCGUUGGAAGGUCGUUGUGUGGUGGACGCUGCAUUGGGGUGUCGUGCUGCUGCAUUGGAUAGUAGCAGCAGCAGCAAUCAGGCCUUUGCAGUCUGCAGCAGCGGCGUGCUGCAUGAGUUAAGUUUAAACUCUGCUGCUGCUGAGGGCUUUAGACUGCCAGGGUCACGGAGAAGAUUUCUUGCAGCAGAAGCAAUUGAAUACACCCCACUAGCCUAUGAUAUACUGUACGGACACUCCAAAGCUGCGGGUGUGAGACUUCCCUAUGCCGUUGCCAACUUUAAGCGACUGCUACAAGUCGUCCCUGAGGACGAACUCGAGGCAGUGUUAGCUGCAUGCAGCAGCAGCAACAGCAACAGCAGCAGUAGCAGCACGUUCAGACGCCUUGUCGAGUCCUACUGGCUGCGUGACGCAGCACAAGAGACUGUAUGGCCUGCUGCUGCUGCGGCACCUGGUGCUGCUCAGCCAGCUGCAGCAGCAGCAGUAGUGCAGAGACCUGCUGAGGAUGUGUCGGCUGCAUCACAUGGCUCUGCUGCUGCUGCUAUGCAGCAGGCAGGUGACGAUGCGACAUGCAGCGAUGCCGCAGGAACCAAUAUUAGGGCCUCCCGUGGGCAGCAGCCGCAACAACAGCAGCAAUCACCGCACGGUCCUCCAGAGAUUUCACCACGGAGCGACGCUGCUUCUCCUGCUGUUGCCAGCAGCAGCCACAGCACAGCAGCAGCUCGCCCCGGUUCUAGCAGCCAGCCCAAGCCUGGAGGUGCUGCUGCUGCUGGUUCUGCUGCUGGUGGUGUGUCUGAUGAGGUAUUCGCAGCCUUCAUGCGGCUGCGAGAGGAGGAAAUAUGUCUUCUUUACACGGGGGGUGCAACGGCAACAGCAGCAGCAACAAACACAGCAAUAGGAGCAGCAGCAACGUGCGGCACCGCAGCAGGAGACGGCCCAGCGGGUGUGGCGGCAUCAGGAGGGCCCUCAUCGGUAUCACCAUCUUCAACAGCAGCAACGGCAGCAACAGCAGCAGCAGAUCCUGUACAGCAAGUUUGGUGCUGUGGGGCAUUUGUGCUGCUUGCCCGUGCAAGCGGGCGCCUGCAGGCGACUUGGCGUGGCUGCAGCGGCUUGGCGAUGCUGCUGCAGCAGCAGCAUUUGCUGCGCUGCAGCGGCAGCAGCAGCGAGAGGGAAGGGGCAGCACCUAUGAAUGCCCCUCAAGACUUGUUCGAUAUCUCUAGACACCACCUCGCACAGGUGCUGCAGCUGCGUAGACACCUGAAUUUAGGUGUAUGCAUGGGGGAGGGAUUAUGGGGUGGAGCACUGCGGCAGCUGGGGCCUCCUUAUGCAUGCGCUCCUCCUGCUCCUCCGCAGCAACAAGAGGAGCUGCAGCAGCAGCUUCUGCAGCUUGCUGCUGCUCCCCAGCCGCCCUAUGCGAUUUGCUGCUCCCCAGGAACCGUGCUGCUACUCGUUACGACUCUGCGUCGGGCAUCCAACAACACAACCAGCAGCAGCACCAGCAGCAGCAUCAGGAAGGAGGUGGAUCUAGCUGCAGCAGGGCUUGCUGCUGCACCUAGCGGAGCCCUUCGAUAUCCUCCUUUAGGUCAUUUGGCUUCUGCGCCGCUGCAGCGGUUAGCUAAGGCUGUGUGGCAGUACUGCAUGCAUGCAGCAACAGGCGCAUCAGCAGUCCAGCAGGUGCUGCUGCAGACAUCCAAGGACAUGAGCGGCCUUGCGCAGCAACAUAAUGCAAUGCUCCAGCAGCUGCUGCAACAGGAUCGCCAACAGCAACAGCAGCAGCUGCAACAACAGGAGCAGCAGGAAGGAGGCUCCAGCAGCACGGAGGCUGCAGCAGGGACUGCCGCCACUCAGGUGUCGUUACAGCAGAAACAAGAGGCACUGCAGCAAAGACAGGAGGCGCAGACAGCUUCUGUGCUGCUGCUGCUGCUGUCUCGCGUGUUUGUAGCACAGAGAGCGGCAGGAAACCCUCACCUGCUGGAGCUUCUGCAGCAGCAGCAGCAAGAGGGAGACACCCUAGCAGCAAAGCGACGCCGCUGCGCAGUCCAUGCAAAACGGACAGCAGCCCCAAAAAACAAGCGAAGGCCUGCAGCGUUAGAGACAGUCAAGCCCCAGCCAGAAGAAGGUUAA